AUUGUAUACCCUCUGAGCGCUCCACUAGAAUUCAAACCCCAUUAACAAUGGCGGCGAGGCUCUUAGCUCGAUUACGCCAUCAACUCUUAAACUCUCGCCGCGAUAUUCUCGAACCACUUUCAUCGACGCCAUCACACUUUCGGCGUUUUUCCGAUGUCGCUCAAUCUCUUCCAGAAAAUCCGUCUUCCUCUGACGAAAAAUUCUCAGCAUUUCCAAAUCAGGGUAAUUCCACCAUGAAUGGAGCUAAAUCUUCAAUCAACUCGUCCUUGAAUGAGGCCGAGCUUGCCAAGUUCUCUGCUAUUGCUGAAACCUGGUGGGAUGCAGAAGGACCAUUUAAACCAUUGCAUGCCUUAAACCCCACAAGGCUUGCCUUCAUACGAUCCACACUGUGCCACCAUUUCAGAAAGGAUCCAGAAAGUCCUAGGCCAUUUGAAGGGUUGAAAUUUGUUGAUGUUGGCUGCGGAGGAGGAAUAUUAUCAGAGCCUUUGGCACGAAUGGGAGCUACAGUGACUGGAAUUGACGCAGUGGAUAAGAAUAUCACAAUUGCUGGUCUUCAUGCUGAGUCUGAUCCUGUCACUUCGUCUAUUGAAUAUCUUUGUACAACAGCUGAAAAGUUGGUUGAAGAACAGAGAAAAUUUGAUGCAGUGCUUGCCUUAGAGGUGAUUGAGCAUGUGGCAGAUCCCACUGAAUUUUGCAAGUCGUUAGCAGCGUUGACUGUUCCUAAUGGAGCUACUGUGAUUUCAACAAUUAAUCGCACUAUGAGAGCUUAUGCUACUGCCAUUGUUGCUGCAGAAUACAUUCUUCAUUGGGGUCUCUAGGCGGUCUGCUACCCCAAAUGCCCAUAGAACCGACCCUGAUGCUUAGAGUCAUGAAACUUAGCAGACUUCUCUUCUAGCGCCUCCAGCCCUCCACCACUAGGUACCUUUUUCAUUUUAUAUUCUAUUUUAACUUGUUUUUUGUGGAUUCUUCUUUUCUUUUCUCUUUCUAGCUUCUUCAUAUCUUUUCUUUGCUUCUUUUAGUUUCUUCAAGUUUCUUGUUUGUCUUUCAUUUGUAUUUUUCUUUCUUCUGGUUUUUUGUCUUUCAAACGUCCCUUUCUUCGAUCUUUUUUCUUUCUUGUUAUGAAGUAAUAUUUCUUUUACUGUUAUUGUUUUUCUCCUUAGAUGUUUUGUUUUGUCUUUUCUGGAUUCUUCAAUUUCACCCUCUUCUUCGAUGACAUGUAAUAACAUUUACAUAAAGAACAAUUUUGAAUGUUGAUUUUAGUACCUUUUGUAUCAUUUUACACUAAGUGGUUUAGCGCAAUGAUGACAAAUAUUUUGGAUCAUUAAUGCAUUUAUAAUUUGAAUGUAGGUUUUAGUACCUUUUUUGUCAUUUUGCACUAAGUGGUUUAGCGGAAUGAUGACAAAUAUUUUGGAUCAUUAAUGUAUCUAUAAUAAUAUGAGCAUUAUAUUAUUUUAGUAUCAAAUGUACUUUAGAACUAUUAAAUAAGCUUUUGGUCGAAAAAGUGUGCCUCGCCUACGAAAAUUUCGUGUUUUCACCUUGCACCGAGGUUCACGAUCCUUCGGCGCCUCGGUGUUCUCACCUAUUUAAACUAAGUGCUGCAUGCGCAAUAAAUGAGAGGUUUCAUAAUCAGAUGGGCUCUCACCUAUUAGAUAAAUCUUUUGGGAUGAGGUUUGGUCUAUAACAGGGGUAUUGAAGCUAACUUGAAGUGGUUGCUUAUAGAAAGGUGGACUGGAACGAGGACGUUGGGUCUUAUGAGGGGUAGGUUGUAUUGGUUUUAAUCGGACUUGUCCACAUAGAUUCCAUGUGAAACUAAUGAGAUUUUAUAGAUCAAAUUAGCUCUCACCUAAUAAGACUAGUUUUUUGGGGAUGAACUCUUCUGUUUUGUCGAUAAAAAGUACAUUGUGCAAGCUUACAAGUGAAAUUCCGGAAGAUGGUCAAUAAACUAAUGGCAAUCUUAAAUAUUAAAACGUUAUACUCUUGAGAAAAAGCUGUAGCACUUGUAAAAAACCUGUUCUACCCCAUGAACACGAGCCUUGGAUAGCCUUGGUGUACCUGACAUCCUAAACCUCCUUAAUCCUCCACUUUCUAAAAUCACAAGGCAAAACCAAAUCCAUCUCCUUCAUUUUGUUUCAAUUAUCCUAUCAAGAUAGUCCUACACAAAACCUGCAGCAAUUACAAGCCAAUUGCGUCAAGCAAAUAAUUAUUCGAAUUAUAGUCAGAAGUAGAUGCUCAAUAACAUGACAAUCAUAUGAAGAGAGCAGUGGUGUUGAGAGAGAGUGCAGCAUAUGAUGUUUGAUAAUUUACAGUACUAGAAUAAGAUCGCAAUGUCCUAGAUAUCAUUUCUAUGAUGGUAAGUAGUAUGUGCAAGUGCUUCAUAAGAUUGAGUAAAGAAAAACAACAUUCAGAGGAAGCACAGCCUCGGGCUCGAUCAUACCAAGCGAUUUCACUUAACUUAGUUGAGCGGGCUACAGGGGUGCAAUUUGUCAAUGUCGUGGCUUUACGCUCGACCAAGCGGUUUCAUUAGCUAAGCGGGGUUCCAAACAAAUUUUGUUUGGAAAAUUGCGUCUGCUUGAUGAAAGAAUGCAUGAUCUAAUCUAAUCAACACAUGUCUCUAAACAUUUAACUUAUUGGGACUUCUUAAGGGGUUUCGGACGCUGUAAAUAGAGGAUGAUGGGCACAAUUCAAAGAUGAAAAUCAGAAUUUCUCUCAUACAGAUUUUUACAAAAGGACUUUGCAAACCUUUUUGUGGUCCAUGUUUGUUAUUAUCACCUUCAUAUUCAUUUUGUUCAUCUUCAAGAUUGCAAGUGCUUUGUACAUCAUGUGAUGAUAGUUGAUCUUGAUUGAUUUUAAAGCACCUUGUGAAGGAAAAUAUUACUUCACGAAAGUUUGAAUAAUUCCUUUUCCUUGGAUCAAGAAAACAGGCUAUGUGGCCAAAUCUUUACGUUAUUACUAUUACUACAUUAUUUCUGCAAUUUGUUUGUGAUCAAGCGUUGAUAAUCAAGGGAAGACAAUCGAGAAUUUCGUCGGUGUUGGUGCUAUCUACAAUCUCAUAGUUAUGUGCUAAAUUUAAUACUCCCUCUUAUUGGGGCAAUUCACUGAAAAUGUCUCAUUUCUAUUUUUGUUAUUCUUUUUUACCCUUUUACCCUUACUAUAACAACACAAUAACACAUAAAUAUCAAUGUCCUUUAUGGAAAAAGAGAGUUUUCCACCCACUUUUAAGUGUACACCACCCCUGCUUGGUUUUGGUGCAAAACCCAAAUGCCCCAUUCUCUAUGAAUAGGAGGGAGUAUAUAUCAUACGAAGAGUGGAAUAGUGACUAGCAAGGACUGAGAAAAAUGAUAAUGUGGGUGGUCUAUCAAUUGGGUGUGUGUGUGACAGUGUCAGGGAGACAGCGGCUGGUAAUGUAGAACCUGGUAGCAGUGGCACUACUUUAGGUGUUCUUGCCUUUUGUUUUUUCCUUUAUUCUCUCUUCCUCUUUGCGUGACCACAAGUGAGGACUGAGAAAAAUGAAACUGGCUUUUUUAGAUAGUUGUCCUCUUAUAGUAACAAACGUUGUAUUUACUGGAAUCGAUUCUAAUAUACAGUUAUUCCUGUUUUUAACUUUUUUAAAAUUAAAUUUCCACCUAAAUUACCGAUUGUUGGAUCUUUUAAUAGCUCUCUUCUUCUGUUAAUUGCUUGUUCUCUAUACAUGGAAUCGAUUCUAAUAUACAGUUAUUCCGGUUUUUAACUUUUUUAAAAUUAAAUUUCCACCUGAAUCUGAUUGUUGGAUCUUUUAAUAGCUCUGUUCUUCUGUUAAUUGCUUGUUCUCUAUACAUAUGAUGGUAAUUGGUAUGAUGCAGCCAUACACUCUAACACUAAUAUUGUUUGAACCUUUCUGCAUAUAUCGACU